UUCUACAAAUAGAGAAAAACACAAGGAAGAAGUCUUGCAACUUCUGCAAGGGACUGCAGUCCCAGAAGUAAUUAUGGCUAGAGGAGAAGCAGCUCUGAAGGUUUUUAAUGAGGAGUUGGAAGAUGGGAAAAUCACAGUAAACCAUGCACGAUUAAUGGUGACUGGAAAGGAGGGCGUUGGAAAAACGUGUUUGGUAAACACUUUGCUUGAAAAACCAUUUAAUGAAGCAGAACCAUCAACCGAUGGAAUUGUUUUGACUACUGCUUUCCAAACUACUGGUGUUGGUUGUAAGUGGAAAGAAACUGAGGACAUGGACGAGUGUGAACGGAUUAAGCUGAUAUAUGAUAAUGAAUUAGAAGGUAGAGUUGCUGAGAAAUUAAAACUGAAAGGUAAUCAAACAGAGGGAGUUGAAUCAACACCUCAACCAGCACUAGAACCAGCACCUCAACCAGAACGUUCACCUCUACCAGCAGCAGAACCGGCACUUCAACCAGCACCAGAAUCAGCACCUCAACCAGCACUAGAACCAGCACCUCAACCAGAACCUUCACCUCUACCAGCAGCAAAACCGGCACCUCAACCAGCACCAGAACCAGCACCUCAACCAGCACCUCAACCAGAACCUUCACCUCUACCAGCAGCAGAACCGGCACCUCAACCAGCACCAGAACCAGCACCUCAACCAGCACGUCUACCAGCACCUCAACCAGCACCUCUACCAGCACCAGCACCAGCACACAUGCCUAAAAGAACGAGAACCCAGAAAUUAAUUAGGCGUGUGUUCUCUCCAUUCAGCAAAAAAAGGAGAAAAAGAAAAUCAUCUAUCACACUAGAGUGUGAUGUGAUGUCAGGACCAAUAGAAGCAGAACACAAAGAAGUAUCAAGCCAAGCACUUCCAUCUGAAAUUCAGGAAAGAGUUGUUGAUAGAAUUACUGGAAAGACCUCACAGACCAUUGAUAAUAAAGAUAUGACUUAUAUCUGGGACUUUGCUGGCCAGCAGCUGUACUACAUCACACAUCGAAUAUUCUUAACAAGCGAAGCAGUGUAUGUGAUUUUGUUCAAUUUGCUGGAAAGUAUGUACGAAAAAGGGAAGAAAAGAGUCUAUAAGGGGGUAAAUAGGUCAAUUCUUAUAAUUUAA